AUGUAUGGCGAUUCCUUGAGUGGUCAUCGCGCGGGCGGGGAGAAGCUGAGGGAAUUCAUCCUUUGGUGUUCCGAGCUGGGAGUCGAGUUCUUGACGGUCUUUGCCUUUUCCACGGAGAACUGGAAACGUGACCCUCAAGAGGUCCAGGCCAUGAUGGAUCUCUUUUUAUCAGAGGUCCCUCGCUUGGGCGACCACGCUAUGCGCCACAACUGUCGCGUGCGCUUCCUCACCAGCGAUGCCCAGCAGCUGCCGUCGGAGGUGCGGGAGGCGGUGGCCGAGCUGGAGGAGUUGUCCUCCUCCUGCACGGGGCUUACGCUGAACGUUUGUUUGAGCUAUGGAGGCCGUUCAGACGUGGUCGUGGCCUGUCGACGCCUUGCAGAACAGGUCCAGCGCAGCGAGUUGACGCCGGAGAAGAUCAAUGAUGCCCUGGUAAAGAGUCACUUGCUGACGGGAGACAUUCCAGAUCCAGACGUUUUGAUUCGAACCUCGGGCGAGCGGCGCCUGAGCAACUUUUUGAUGUUUCAACUUGCGUAUGCAGAGCUCUUCUUCCUCGACAAACAUUGGCCAGAGGUUGAACAAAAGGACCUGCUGGACAUCGUGAAGCAGUUUCAACAUCGCCACCGGCGGUUUGGAAAGUAG